AUGGUGGAGGAAAGCUCAAUGGAUGCAUUGGUACAGUCAGGAACCACGGAAGAUCAGAGCAGCGACAGAUCAAGCGGAUUAAUGCGAGAAGAGUCAGCUUUCAGUAUGCCAUACGACGAGUCCUCGACUACUUUGGAGGAAAAGAGUAUGCAGAGAUUGCCAACCGCGUUUGCCAGAACUCUGUCUUCAAUUCCGAGCUAUUCCCAGACAAGGCGAGGCACAGCGAUGGCGGAUAAACAUCUGAAAAUUGUUGUAGUUGGCGACAGAGGUGUUGGCAAGACUUGCUUACUGAUAUCGUAUGUGCAGAGGCAGUUUCCUACGGGGUAUGUUCCCACAGUCUUUGAGAACUACGUGACCAAGGUGGAAGGCCCUAAGAAGAAGAUAAUUGAACUGGCAUUAUGGGACACUGGGGGUCAGGAAGAGUACAAUAGGCUGCGACCCCUGUCGUAUUCAGAAGUGGAUAUUUUGAUGGUAUGUUACUCGGUAGGCAGCAAGGCCUCGCUGCAAAACGUGGAGGAUCUAUGGAUGCCUGAAGUUAAACACUUUUGUCCCAAUGCCCCAACCAUGCUGCUGGGACUGAAAUCGGACCUGUAUGACCAAAUGAACUUUGGGGAGCUUGUGGAUUUAGAACAGGCCGAACUUGUGGCUCAAAAAUUGGGCGCAUUUUCGCACAUGCAAUGCUCGGCCAAGUCCAGGAGUCAAGUUGAUGAAGUGUUCAAUGAAGCACUAAAUACAGCACUAAGAGGUCAGUUGAAUGAUUCCGUGGAUCUAAAGCCUAUAUUGAAGAACGCAUUUAAGAAGAAGCCAAACGCCAUGAAGAAGACGGUUGCAACUUCAAAAAAGCCGCCUCCAAACAAGAAAAAUCCCAUCAACAAAUUCGGUUGUACAAUAAUUUAA